AUGGCGCAGACAAUUCUUCAGCGUGAAUCUGCAGAAUGCUCAAAUAAACAAGUAAACUUCCUUAGAGAAAAACUCGCAAGUGUUCAAAUUCUGGAAAAUUACUGCACAGGAUACAUUGAUGGAACGGUGGAGCAAAUGGAAGAACUUCUUGAACAGUUUCAGGGCAAUAAACGUUUUUCACUUACAGCACCGCCAGUGUUUGAAAGCAAGAAGGGAAAUAUUCCAAUUGAGUUUUUUGGAAAUCCGUUUUUGAUUGUGAGCAACGAAACAAGACAUUGUUUACAUGGGAGCGCGAAAGACAGCAGAGGCACUCGCAGACACGACGUAAAAAGUGACCAUGAUUAUGAAGAAAAGGGACGGAUUCGAUUACAGAACAGUAGAAAACUGGAUUGUCCAGCACAAGUGCAAAUAAGACAAGUCAGAGUAUUUCUCGACUACUACAUCGAUCGAGAACAAUUUACAUCAGAAAACAGCUUGGUUAUGGCAAAACGGAGAGUAUUUAGAGAGAUUAAGGAAAAAAUGGAUAGCGAUUCUUCCUCACAACUUCGCGCCAGCAGUCGAUUUUACCUAAAAAUACCUCUUCGUAGUGCUCAUUCAAGUCACGCCAUUGGUGCCACGGCAACAGUUGGGCAGCGAAUGGAUUACCGACUGGUCACGAAAGUUUAUAGUUUGGUAAAACGCAAUGUAAUUAAAAUCUCAGAAGUCAAAAGGUGUCUUGAUCAAUACGUUGAAGAGACUUUAUUUCCACAAGACGGACAAAAGGCUACACCGCGCAAGACAAAUAAACGGUACUAUCCAAAUAAAAAGGAUAUUCGAAACCACGUAGCAAAAGCAAUAGAGUCCCUAAACUGCAAAGACGAUCAAGAGUCCCUGCGCAGGAAGGUAGAAACCUGGAAACAGAAUUCUCCAAUCAGCAAGUUUUUCUACCGCACAAGAGAUAACGCUUCCAGAAACGAUAUUCCUCCAAAGGAGGAUAAAAAGUUUUUGUUUGUGCAUCAAGAGCAUUGGCAACAACGAAUGUUGAUUCGUUAUGGCGGACAAUUGUGUCUCAUGGACGCCACAUACAAAACAACAAAGUACGCAAUACCGCUUUUCUUUGUGUGCGUUCAUUCAAACGUUGGCUACAAAGUUGUGGCUGAAUUUAUGUGCCAGACGGAGACCGAAGAAGCCAUAGAAGAGGCUCUGGCUAUUAUAAAAGGAUGGAAUCCAGUAUGGAACCCAAAAUAUUUUAUGGUGGAUUACUCAUUAGCAGAAAUAGGCGCGAUAGAAAAAAGUUUUCCCGAUGUACAGGUUUAUGUUUGCGACUUUCACAGGCUGCAAGCGCUAAAACGGUGGGCUUCAGCAAGCAAGAAUGGAUUGUCAUAUGAACAGCAACAACACUUCCUUCUGCAAAUGAAAAAGAUUGCUAAUGUCAGUACCAAACAGGAGUACGACAAGGCAGUAAAAGAUUUUCGAGAGUCCAAAGUGUAUAAAGAAUGCAGCAAGAUGAGAGAAUAUGUUGACCGUACGUGGUUUUCUUGCGCUGUCAGAUGGGCACACGCUUUUCGAAAACAGCUCACCAACAUUGUUAAUACUAACAAUGGCGUUGAGGCUCAAAACAGAGUCUUUAAAUACGAAUACUUACCCCAAAGUAUUGACAAAUCUGUGUAUGGUAUUGCGGUGAUGUUGGUUGAAUCUUUCAUUCCCGAUGUUCUUCAGCACUAUUUGGAUGCAAACCUGCGACUGAGCAGCGCCUACUGCAAGUACAACCCAUCAAUCCCAGAAUACUUGCACAACAGACCUCCGCACUUUUUGAAAUGUUGCCUUAAAAAUCGAUACGCUUCAGCCAUUUUCAAACAGGACGACAUAACUCCGGUUAAUUUAAAGAAGGGCACGUUCAAUGUCAAGAGCGAGAGCAAUGUUGGAAAGAAACAUUUCAUAGACUUCCGAGAACCAAGUUGUACCUGCAACAUAUGGCACACUACCCAUUUCCCUUGCAAACAUUUUUUCGCAGUUUUUUCUUUCUAUGACGAGUGGGAUUUCGAAAGUCUUCCAGAAGACUACCGAAAUAGCGUUUUCAUCACUCUGGACAAUGAACCUCUUGGAUUGCCACAAGAUACUACGCCAGAAGAACUAGAGGAAGCCAAUACGUCAUCAUGGAGCACCAUCAAGAGACGUUGUUUUGCACGAAUCGUUGUCUUCUGAUAACAAAAAAUAUAUCCACGACAUACCCACGAAGAAACUGUUAAGUUUGAAACUACUUCAAACAAAAGUUCCAAAAGGCUCAGAAAGAUCUUGCAAGAACAACUGGGUCCACAACCGAGACCACUCUACAAGAAGCAGUGCAAAAAGCUGAAAGCUUGAAACAGUUUCUUGAACAAAACUUUCCCACAGAAAAUGGUUUGCCUCUUCGAUUGAGUCCUGUGAAAAAAAAUUAAAGGUGACCGAGACAAAAUACCAUCAAAUCUUUCAUAAGGCCCUACCUCCCAGACGACGUAAGACAAAAAAAGUCUACACCAUUUACAAUAGAUCUUACUAAUGUGGGUAUUACAAGUUAUUGAAUUGCUUUCUUGUCAUUUCUUAAAAAAGCUUCUCUCAAAUGAUUACUUUUAUGUUUAAAAAAUUUCUUAUCCGUCCGAAAAGAGUAAAAAGACAAAAGCACUUAUCUUACUUUCCAAUAUCUUAUUAAAGUAUUGUUUCAAAAG